AUGGCGGAAACGUUCUCUCGCGGUGACACCCAAUAUUGGCCCAUCUACACCACCACCACCACCACCGAUAGAACCAGCCCUUACGAUUCUCCUCUCCGCCUUCUCCGAUCUCAUUCACCAACCUCCUCACAGCUCUUCGGUUUCCUCGCUCUCUUCAUAUCCGGCGGAAUCCUCCUCUUCCUCCUUGGUGUAACCGUGACGGCCGUCGGGGUUGGCUUCGUUGUCUUUCUUCCGUUGAUCAUCAUCUCUAGUCCGGUAUGGAUCCCGGUUUUUGUCGUUGCUGGCGGGUUCUUAUCGGUUGCCGGUUUUUUUGUUGGAACCGUGGCUCUCAUAUCGUGGGCGUACCGCUAUUUCCGGGGAAGGCACCCGGUUGGUUCGGAUCGAAUGGAUUAUGCACGUAGUCGGAUCUAUGACACGGCCUCUCACGUCAAAGAUUAUGCUAGAGAAUACGGUGGAUAUUUCCACGGCAGGGCUAAAGAUGCAGCACCUGGUGCUUAG